UUACCGAAAUGUGUAGAAAUUGUGGAUCGAAAUGGGAGGUCUUCGCUUUUUUCGCUUGUCAAAGCCUUUGACUCUGUUCUUGCCGUUUAUGAAGGUUUCUGCAACUUGAAGCAGGUGGAUCUCAAGCUAAAGGUCUGCAGGGGUUCUUCAAUUCGAAAGAUUUUAGUUAGAGAAGCAAAAUCUUAUAUUGCAAGCAAGGUGAUAGUUGGAACAGCCAGAAAUCACCACGCAAUCCGGUCUUCAACAUCUGUAGCUAAAUACUGUGCCAAGAAACUCUCAAACGAUUGCUGGGUUCUUGCUGUUAAUAAUGGGAAAAUUCUUUACCAGAAAGAGGGUUUUCAAUUAACCCCUAAUUGCUCAAAAGGAAAGGAAGAUCAUCGUCCAAAUAAUUUGUUCAAUGUAAUUCAGAGGUCAAUAUCACCGAGUACUAAUCGAAAAGUACUAAGUGAAGCCAAUGCCAAAGUAACCCCGAAGGAGGCGUAUGAUCAGGGUGAUCACCGGAAACCUGAUUUGAGCUUGGUAAAAAUCAGCUCAGAUGCUUUGGAGGGGAUUACGAAGCAGAAUUGCUCCAUUUGUGGACCAUCUGAACCAUCUGCUGCAUUACCGGUUACAUCUUGUAACCAAUCUGCAGAAAAAUGUUCAGGUGAUAAUGGUGGUGAUGAUAAAUCCAUGGCUAUAGUGCCUGUGCAAACGGUAGAGGCACGGUCAAGUUCGAUUUCUACGUUGAUCAGGCAAUUGCCUGAAACCAGACCUGGUUGGCCACUGCUUCGUCGUGCUAUUUUAACAGACCGACGUGCAACUGAGCGAUCUUCAUUGAGGAAAAUCUCAGUGGUUCAGUGGGCUUUAAGGUUGCCCUCUAGAAAUACUUCAUCCAUUUCCACGCCAGAUGAUAAACAGAAUGAUUCUAGAAAGGGUGAAAAGAAAUCUCAGAGUUUAGAUGGAGAAAGUGGUGCUAUAGUUCCAGUAGGGACUGAAACUGUGAGAAUUCCAUCUUCUCCUGAUUGCAACUCAAGAUGCCUACCUAAGGAAUUGGAGGGUCUUCAUGAGAAGUACUCGGCAACUUGCAGAUUGUUUCAAUACCAGGAGCUCCUGUCAGCAACAUCAGAUUUUUCGACUGAAAAUUUGGUUGGUAAAGGAGGCAGCAGUAAAGUGUACAGAGGUUGCCUACCUGACGGUAAGGAACUUGCCGUGAAAAUUCUGAAGCCUUGUGAAGAUGUGUUGAAGGAAUUCGUUUUGGAGAUUGAGAUUAUUACAACUUUAAAUCACAAGAACAUCAUUUCCCUUUUGGGUUUCUGUUUUGAGAACAAUAAUCUUCUGCUGGUUUAUGAUUUUCUAUCAAGAGGCAGCCUUGAGCAGAACCUUCAUGGUAAUAAGAAAGAUCUGCUUGAAUUUGGUUGGACUGAGCGAUAUAAGGUGGCGGUAGGGGUAGCCGAGGCCUUGGAUUAUCUGCAUAGUGGCACCGCCCAACCUGUGAUUCACAGGGAUGUUAAAUCAUCAAAUAUACUUUUGUCUGAAGAUUUUGAGCCUCAGCUUUCAGACUUUGGACUUGCAAAAUGGGCAUCAAAAUCCUCAACUCAUAUGACCUGCACUGACGUUGCAGGAACCUUUGGAUACUUGGCUCCUGAGUAUUUCAUGUAUGGCAAAGUAAAUGAAAAAAUUGAUGUAUACGCGUUUGGAGUUGUACUGCUUGAGCUUCUUACAGGAAGGAAGCCCAUAAGCAGUGAUUAUCCUAAAGGCCAGGAGAGCCUUGUCAUGUGGGCAAGACCCAUUUUAAAUAAUGGUGGAAAAGUUUCUCAGUUAUUGGAUCCAAGCCUAUGCAACAAGUAUGAUCAUGACCAGAUGGAGAAAAUGGUUUUAGCUGCCACUCUCUGCAUCAGACGCGCCCCGCGAGCAAGGCCUCAAAUGAGCCUGGUUUUAAAGCUCCUCAAAGGGGAUGCUGAAGUCACAAAGUGGGCAAGGCUACAAGUGAAUGCAUCAGAAGAUCAACUUGACAUGGCAGAUGAUGAAUCCUGUCCUCCACAAUCUAAUCUACAGUCCCACCUCAACCUUGCACUGCUAGAUGUGGAAGAUGAUUCACUGUCCAUUAGCAGCAUAGAGCAAUGCAUCUCACUAGAGGAGUACCUCCGAGGCAGGUGUAGCCGCUCUUCGAGCUUCGACUAAUUAACCAUUUGAAGUAAUAACACCAGAAUGCAACUAAACAUGGUUGAGUUUGGUGAGAUAUUUUUGUAUAUGUGUUUAUUUGGUUGGUUACAAUUAUGAGAGAUUGGAUAAAUGGGUGUUGGAUGAGAGGUUGUUUGCAGGUGUGCCCUCCUCCUUCCCAAACUUGUACUACUACUCACAAGUGUUGUCACCACAAAAGACUUUUUCUUUUUUUUUUUUACUUCUCCUCCUUUUUGGAGGCAGAGAAAUUUCUUUUUUUGUCAGUUUCUGUAUUGAUCCAUUGGUGUUAGUGGAAAUUGUGGUAAUUGUUGUACUGUAAAUUGGUGAAUCCUAUAUAAUAAAA